GAAAUGGACUGGAGUCGUCAUCAUCAGCCCGAAGGGUGUGCGCAAUAUGAUCACACACUACUUUGUCUCUCAAGACGUUUCGCUUCGAUGAGAAUGAGAUAAGAUGAUCUGAACUGGAUAACAUAGGAAGAUGAAAUGAAAGCAGUGUUUAAACAGCACAAAUGAUAUGACCGUUGCAUCUCUCACCAAACUCAUCUACUAGACUCAAUUGUUAGCCAUCUGAAAGUCAUCUUUGCAACAAACAAACAAACAAACAAAAACAUGGUGGACAACCGAUACGCCACAGCACUGGUGAUCGGCUCUGUGUUGAGCCUGCUUGCCACUGUCUAUCUGUCUGUCGCAAUGGGCACUCAGCACUGGUUCCAGUACCACAGCCAGCCGGCCAGCAACGACAUCAACAACGGCUCAGACCUCCAGAACCUCCGGCUGGACUUUGAGGGGGAAGAUGUGGAUGAGAUGAGCUACAGUAAAGCUCUUUUCCAGCUGAACGGGACACUGGGUCUGUGGUGGCGCUGCAUUCGGGUGCAUCAAGACUCCCAUUGGUUUAAAGCGCCUGAUCCAGUGAUGGUGACUAAAUGUCAGGCCUUUACUUUGCAGCAGCAGUGGGAAUCGAAGUAUAAAUCUCCUGGAAAUAUUAACACCGGAGAAGAUCUGCUGCGUACAUACUUGUGGAAGUGUCAGUUCCUGCUGCCGCUGAUCUCCGUGGGUUUGGUGUUUCUUGCGGCAUUAAUCGGAGUGUGUGCCUGUCUGUGCCGCAGUAUCACUCCAACAUUGUUCGUAGGGCUGCUGCAUCUGAUGGCCGGCCUGUGUUCCCUGGGCACCGUAUGCUGUUUCCUCACAGGACUGCAUUUGCUUCAUGAUAUAUCGGAGCUGCCAGAAGGAAUGGACUAUUCUCCAGGCUGGUCCUUGUUUUUGGCGCUGGUGUCAUCUCCGCUGCAGGUCAUGGCGGCUGCGCUCUUCAUAUGGGCUGCGAGGAGCCACCGCCAACACUACACUCGAAUGACAGCCUACAGAGUCGCCUGAACAACUGACGACUGACUGUAAAGUUGCUGAAGUGAUUCAAGGAACGCGCACAGCAUAUUCACAGCUGCUUUUACCACUAACAAAGCUGUGAAGAAGUUAUGAAGGAUACCAUCAGCUCAAAAUUAGUAAGCUAAACUCGCGCCGUCCACCUAUAGCACUCCUGUGAAAUACUUGCAUCACUUGAAGGAUCUUCCUGCUAUAUUACUGCCUUUUUAACCACUUAUGUUAGCCUUUGUGAUAACACUUUACUUGAAGGGGUGUUGAUAAGACAUGAUAUAUUUAAAGGGGACAUGAAGCUCUCAAUCAAGUUUACAUUAUCUUGUACAUUGGAUCCCACUUUAAUGAAAAUAUAUUAAACAAACUUGAUUAAUGUAACCAUUUAGCAGAAAACGGCAUGUUUUACUAUAGAUUUUAGACCUUGGGUGUCGCCAUCUCGGAAUCUAAGAUUCCAAGCCUUCUUGGAAUCUCGCUGUGUCAUCAGGGUUGAUUCCGUUCCCUCAGCUGUACAGAUACAAUAGAAGUAAUGGACUGAACAUGGAGACUGUAAAGCUUAAUUUAACACAACGCAUGAAGUUGUGGACAUGGAGCUGGUGCAAAUACAAGAAUCAGAUGUGUGUCUAAUAUAAAAGUAUAUAUAUUUAUUCUAUUUUUAUUCUAUUACAGAUCAUUUGAUGCACUUUGGUCCACUCUCUGUAUUACGCUGCCUGUCUGCCUAUCUGGGUUUCAAGCAUGGUAGUAACAGACUGAACACAGAGACUGGACAGCCUAGUCACGUCUGUCUGGAUUAUGUCAAGACAUAUUCCCUCUUUAAGUCGAUCUCUCAACAUGUAUGAAGGUUAAAAAUCUGCCAUGUGAACAAACCGUGCCGAUGUUAGUUUGGUUUAACACGAACAGAGGUGUAGUAGUGAAAAGCGAAAGUACCCGCCCCCAUUACUAGGUUGAAACCACGGUUAAAACCUAUUGAUACAGUCAGGCAGCGUAAUACAGAGAGUGGACCAAAGUGCA